GCGGCCGGCCGGCGGCGCAUUCACGACUCAAACAUGGCAGCGGCUACCAGCGUUGUCGUGCUCGACAGGGGCAACAACACCACCUGCACCAUCAAUUUACACGGAGCCACGGUGGUGUCCUGGCGGGUGAAUAAUCAGGAACAGCUGUUCGUUAGCAAGAACGCCGUGUUCGAUGGAAAGAAGGCCAUUAGAGGCGGCAUACCAUUCGUUUUUCCACAAUUCGGAGCGUCGACGUUCGGACCACCUCACGGCUUCGCGAGAAUCAUUCGCUGGAACGUGGAGAAAUCGCCGGAACGACUGCCGAGCGGUGACAUCGAGGCAAUAUUCUCGAUAAUGGACAGCGAAUUCACGCGGUCCCUGUGGAACUCACAGUUUAGGUUAACGUACAGGCUAAUACUGCGCGAGAAGGAGCUGCAUUUCAACAUCGGCGUGUACAACCCGAGCAGAGAAGACACGUUCAGCUUUAAUCUUCUCUUACAUACUUACUUCAAGGUGCCGGACGUCAGGAGAUGCCAAAUCACAGGACUGCACGGAUGCACUUUUGUCGACAAGACUAGAGACAACCAAAUCUUCCAAGAAGGCCGCGACGUCGUCACGGUGUGCGAGUGGACCGACCGGAUCUACCAGAACACGCAGCCGGAGCACAUCAUCACGAACGUCGUUUCCGGCAGAAAGAUGCGCGUGCAGAAGUACAAUUUUCCCGACACCGUCGUGUGGAAUCCCUGGCAGGAGAAGGCGCGCGACAUCCCGGACUUCGGCGACGACGAGUUUCCGAACAUGAUUUGCGUCGAGAGCGGACACGUCAGUAGUCCGGUGAUACUCUUGCCAGGAACGGCCUUCGAAGCUAGCCAGAUAUUGCAGGUGAUGUGAGUAGAAAGUGGACCAACGUCGCACGUUAGCGCCGGAGGCGGCACAAAUUCGCUGCUUCCGACAUCGACAGCCUCAUCUGCGGUCUGGCCAGCGACGGGCGCCGGCUGGCUCUA